AUGGCAGAGAUGAAGCCAUUCCUGGCUCUCCUGGGAGUCAUGGUGGUGCUGGCCACCUCCCCAGAUGCCCCUGAGGAGCUGGGGACUCCCGCCCUGCUGAGCAGCAUGGAGGAAGCCAAACAGCUGGUGGACACUGCCUACAAACAGACCCGGGAAAGGAUUAAGCAACGGCUGCAGUCUGGGACUGUAAGCCCCUCGGACCUACUGGCCUACUUCAAGCAGCCGGUGGCCGGAACCCGUAUGGCCAUCCGGACAGCCGACUACCUACACGUGGCCCUGAGCCUGCUGGACCGGCAGCUGCAGCUCGUUCAGCCGGGAUCCUUCAACAUCACAGACGUGCUGACCCCAACGCAGAUGGAAGUGCUGUCCAAGGCAAGUGGCUGUGCCUAUCAGGACGUGGGGGUGAAGUGUGAGUUCCGUAACAAGUACCGCACCAUCACUGGCCGGUGCAACAACAGGAGGAACCCCACCCUGGGGGCUUCGAAUAGAGCUUUGGCCCGCUGGCUACCUGCCGAGUAUGAAGAUGGCUUCUCUCUGCCCUUUGGGUGGACUCCAGGAAGGAGACGACAUGGCUUUUCUCUCCCGCUGGCCCGCGCCGUGUCCAACCAGAUCAUCCGCUUCCCCAACAACAGAAUCACGGCUGACCGGGGCCGGGCUCUCAUGUUCAUGCAAUGGGGACAGUUCGUUGACCACGACCUGGACCUUUCCCCGGACACUCCAGCCCGGGUCACCUUCUCCAGUGGCAUUGACUGCGAAAAGAGCUGUGCCCAGCUGCCCCCCUGCUUCCCCAUCAAGAUCCCACCCAACGACCCCCGGAUCUCCAACCAGAACGACUGCAUCCCCUUCUUCCGCUCCUCUCCGGCCUGCCCAAAUCGGAGGAACAUCGUCCGGGAGCAGAUCAACGCGCUGACCUCCUUCCUGGACGCCAGCAUGGUGUAUGGCAGUGAGGACGCCCUGGCCGCCAGGCUGAGGAAUCAGUCGAACCAGCUGGGCCUCCUGGCCGUCAACAACCGCUUCCGCGACUCAGGCCGGAGCCUCCUGCCCUUCGACAACCUCUCCGAUGACCCCUGCCUCCUUACCAACCGAGCUCUCCGCAUCCCCUGCUUCCUGGCAGGUGACCCGCGGGCAAGCGAAACGCCCAAGCUGGCGGCCAUGCACACGCUCUUCGUACGGGAACACAACCGGCUGGCCACGGAACUGCGGCGUCUCAACCCCAACUGGACUGGGGAGAGGCUGUACCAGGAGGCCCGGAAGAUCCUGGGAGCCAUGGUCCAGAUCAUCACCUACCGAGACUACCUGCCCCGAGUGCUGGGCCCUGGCAGAGCCCGGAGGACCUUGGGAAGGUACCGGGGCUAUUGCUCCUCCGUGGACCCCCGGAUUGCCAACGUCUUCACCAUCGCUUUCCGCUUCGGCCACACCAUGAUCCAGCCUUUCAUGUUCCGCUUAGACAGCCAGUUCCGGCCCACGGGGUCCAACGCCCAGGUGCCUCUCAGCACGGUCUUCUUCGCCACUUGGAGAAUUGUGAAUGAAGGUGGAAUAGAUUCCAUCCUCCGGGGCCUCAUGGCCACACCCGCCAAACUGAACAGGCAGAGCGAAAUGCUGGUGGAUGAACUCCGGGAAAGGCUUUUCAGGCAGGUCAAGAGGAUCGGGCUGGACUUGGGGGCUCUGAACAUGCAGCGCAGCCGGGACCACGGCCUUCCAGGAUACAAUGCCUGGAGACGGUUCUGCGGACUCUCCCAGCCCCGUAAUUUGGCCCAGCUAAGCAGGGUCCUAAGGAACCGGAAACUGGCCAGGAAGUUCCUGGCCCUGUACGGGACCCCGGACAACAUCGACAUCUGGAUCGGGGCCAUCGCCGAGCCCUUGGUGCGGGGCGGCAGGGUUGGGCCCCUUUUGGCCUGCCUGUUUGAGAACCAGUUCAGGAGAGUCCGCGAUGGGGACCGAUUCUGGUGGCAAAAUAGGGGGGUCUUCACUCGUCAGCAGCGCAGGGCACUGAGCAGGAUCUCCUUGUCUCGCAUCAUCUGUGACAACACUGGCAUCACCUCGGUCCCCCGCAAUAUCUUCAAGGCCAACAGUUUCCCUAGGAACUUUGUGAGCUGCAGCCGCAUCCCCAGACUGAACCUGGCAGCCUGGAGAAGACGUUAAUGACCCCCAGUUUUCAUGUGUGUCCUCCAGGAGUCCGUCCCAAGUCUCCUGCUCUGAUGCCAUGGAACCCUGAGUUUGCGAAGCAGCUAUGGCCGGGCAACUUCCUCUCCUCAGAAGCCUCACUUCACACAGACGCUUUUGCUGGCUACCAUCCUGGCACGAGAUUAGCGCUCCUGGCUUCCAGCCUGCUGCCUGGGACAACCAGGAGCUCUGGUCCUGCUCACCUCAGCUACCUCCCUUGCCCACCCAGGCCUCUGGGUGCGAGGAGAAUUGGACCCUGGCUUUCAAGUCAGCUGCCCUCUGAGCGUUUCUUGGGUCCAUGCCCCAAGAGCUGAGGGCUCCAGCUUCCAGUCCUCAGAGCAGUGCAGUUCCUGGUCUCCAGGUUGGAAAAGCUGCAUUUCCCCAGCUCCCUCUGACUGUACAUUGCAGUUGAGCAGCCCUGAUCUGUUGCUCCUCCACAGGGACAAGGGCCUAGACUGGCCAGGUCUGGUCAGUUGGUUUGUACAAUCUGCUUCUGCCAAUAAAGCACUCUUAUGA